AACGCAAAAGAGGCCACCCAGGAUAGAGGUUUUCAUUUUGGAGGAGGUGGCCUAACUUGUACAGAAACGAAAGUAGACAGUUUAAUUUACAAGGAGGCUUUUCGAGAUGGGGAUUGGUUCAAGUGCAGAAGGAGUGACAGAUGAAAAUCCAUUAAAUUAUGACUUUACUAAAUUCUUGGAUCAGCAAGUCCCUUACGAAGGAAAAUAUUUGUUAUUCUUAUUUGAAAACAAAAUUCAUAGUGGCGGUGACUUUGAAGUCGUGCUUUAUAAUCCAACUUUUUCAAGCAAAUGUUUUUGUCUAGUGACUUUUAAAGAUGUCGAGGAGGCAAAAGAGAAUAUGAAGAUGGUAAAACCAAAACUAUUGAAAAGCUGUUGCAGCUUGGAACAAAAUUUUCAACAGAUCUUUUUGGCAACACACCUAUUCACUACCUUGUUGAAAACCAUCCAGACGUUAUAGAAGCAGCUUCUUCACUUGGAAGUAAAUUUGCAAGUGCAGGUGAUCAAUUUAAAGACAGCUUAAACACUUUGAACAACUACAGCGAGUCUCCUAUUCAUAUAGCCAUUCGUCUUUCGCAAGAGAAUGUCUUGAAAAUAUUACUUGAAAAAGGAGCAAGCUGCAGGUUGCCAUGUGGACAUAUGUUUGCAAUCCAUCUUGCUUUGAAGAGUCAGAGUGAAGGGUGUCUCAACGUGCUCAUAAAACAUGACAAAGAAUGCCUCCACGACAAAGACAAGAAGUACAAUGCUUCACCAUUGCACUGGACUAAGUCCUCGCAGGCCGUCAGUCUUUUGAUUGAAAAUGGCAUUGAUCUGGACAGUCGUAACAGUGAUGGGCAAACCCCUUUGCAUGUAAUGGCAAAGAAGGGAAGGCUGAGUUGCAUUGUUGCUUUGAUUUCCAAUGGAGCUGAUAUCAGCAUAACAUGCAAUGAUGGAAAGAAUGCCUUACACUAUGCGGUCGAGGCACAAAACGUUGGUUGUGUAAAAGCGUUGCUUUUGUUUGGAGCUGAUCAUGAACUCAAGGACAAAAACGGCCUUAAUGCACACGAGCUUGCCGAUCAAAAGCCCGAGUCUUUAGCUGCCAAUGAAAUCAAGAGUGCCUUGAAGAAAUUCGCAAGUAUCCACAGAGAGCCUGUGCAUGAGGAACAUCCGAAACGAAGUUUGAUAGGUCAGGCCAAAUCUGUUUACUCUGAGAUGAAAUGCAAAAUGAAGCAGUCCAUUCAUGGAAAAAAGCAAGCUUCCAUAUUGAAGUCCAAAUACGGCAAAGACGCGGUUCUAUGUUUGGAUGGUGGCGGGAUAAGGGGACUGGUACUGACUGAGCUGCUGUUUGCGUUAGAGGAAGCCACCGGACGUCCAGUAUACGAGCUGUUUGACUGGGUUUCAGGAGUCAGCACGGGCUCUUAUUUAGCUCUAGCUAUGGCAACAGGCAAGACAAUCCAGCAUUGUCAACAGGCAUAUUUUAGGCUGAAGGAGAGUGUUUUCAAAGGAGGAAGGCCGUUCCCUUCUGAACCACUGGAGCAGUUUCUCAUCGACGAAUUUGGAAAAGACACAAAACUGGACUCAUUCGACUUCCCACGAGUGAUUAUACCUGCAAUUAUGGCCGAUCGAAAGCCAGCGGUGCUGCAUCUCUUCAGAAAUUACGAUGCCUCUUACGAUCAGCAUUUUUGGCACAGAGAUAUCAGAUUCUUAAGGCCAAAAAAGCCCCAAGAGUUGGAGUUAUGGCGUGCAGCACGCUGCUCAGGAGCUGCUCCUACGUAUUUCAGGGCCUUAGAUCGAUAUCUAGAUGGGGGACUGAUCGCAAACAACCCAACGUUAGACGUACUCACAGAAAUUCACAACUACAAAAAGCAUCACGAGAUCAAGGAUAAGAGAGAGCCUGCGCAGGAAGCAACUUCAAGGAAUGCUGCGACGACUGCUGACAUCACGCUGAAGGGUACCAAUGACAAUAUUGGAAUCGUUGUAUCUUUAGGAACUGGCAGAGCUCCACUGCAGCCUUUGGGAGGAAUUGAUUUAUACAAGCCGUCGUCAAUCUGGGAAACCUCACAGGUCUUCAACAGUGCCAGGUGGUUUGGUGAAUUGCUUGUUGACCAGGCAACGAACUCUGAUGAUCACGUGGUGGAAAGAGCAAAGAGCUGGUGCGAAAUGGUCGGUUUGAAUUACUUUCGAUUCAAUCCGGAAUUGUCCGAAGAUGUGGAACUAGACGAAUGCGACGACAGGGUGCUUAUCAACUUGCUAUGGGAUACACGGGAUUACCUGCACAAGAACAAGGAUUUAGUCCAGAAAGCCGGACGUAUUUUGAUGGGGCUUGAAUAAAUUGUUGUUAUUUUGAUAGAAGCAAAUAUAUUUUUAAAGUAAAUUUUUCCAUCGUAAGUUUAUUUAAAUUAGAUAUUUUGAAUGAAUAUGUGAUUCCAAGUAUGUAGUUAAUUAGUAUUUAAGUAGUUUAUUGCAUAAAUCAAGAAUAAUUUAUAAUCAGGGAAUAUUUAAGUAAGUUUUACGCCAUUAUUGUUUAACUCUCAGGGACACAUUCUAAUCAUGAUGAUGAUAAUGAUUAUUUUGACAAUUGUCGCCACCUAUCUCGGAUACACAUUUCAUCAGGAAUAAUAUAAGAUUGCCCAGCCUGAACGCAAAAUGUUCAUUCAGAGUAAUAAGAUUUACCAAAAUAAAGAAAAUGUAUCUUGUGGUUUCCAAAAUUUUUACCUCCAACUAGUUUUUUUGUAGCGUCGGUCUUUAUUUUCCUUAGUAUUUAAGAACGAUUAAUUAUUCAUCAUUCACAUCACGGUUUAUUCUCGUUUUUUCAAAUAUUUUUACAUUGAUCAUUAGAAGUCAAAUAUAUUUGUUACUAUGCACAUAUAUGAAACCAACUCAUCAGUCUAGUCGAUAGUACAACUUAACACACACAUUUACCUGGUUGUGUGAAAUCUGUUGUGUAACAGCGUGAAAUUUGUUAAUCCUUCUAUUUU